UGAAGAGAUAUUUUUUGGAAAUUAAACUUAUAAAUAAUAAAUUUUUGUAAUAUGAAAAAAUAUGUAUAUUAUAUUUAUAAUUGAUUUAAAAAAAAUAUAUUAUGGUGAAAACAAGUAUAAUAUAGUGAAUACUGCGAGGUAAAAUACUCUAUGGAUAAUUGGGAAGUUGCAGGCAAGAAAAAUAAAUCUAAGUCAGUUGUAGCGAAUGGAUACGGUAAAGACAUAGAUAAGAAAAAAAUUAUUACUGAUAAAUCUAUUGAAACAAACAAAACUAUGUAUGAAGGAUUCAAUGACAAACAAAAUAAAAUUGACAAUGCCAAAAAAAUGGGAUUGCUUGAGAAAGAAAAAGAGCCCAGUAUAAAAAAGGCCUCUAAAAUAGAUAGCAAAAAAACAUUUUCCACACCUCAGGCAUUUCCUAAAACUUUAAGGGAAGCCUUAACAAAAAUUAGUUGCACAGAAUUAACUCAAGUUUAUGAAAAUGUAACAGAUAUUUUUCCUAAUAAUCCAAUAAUUUGGUUAAAAGAUAUUGCAUCAUAUUUAUCUAAGAAAUUGGAAGUUCCUCAAAUUACUUCAAUAACUUAUUCAGAGUUUCCAGAUGGAUUUCCUUAUUCAGAAUUUCCAUGCAAACAAAAGUUAUCUAACAUUGCUCAAAACUGUAAACAUGAAGACUUGGAAUUGUUUUUGAAUACUUUUUAUUCCAUGAUAAUUAACGAGUCAAAUAAAGAAAAUGUAAUGCAUGGUUAUAAACUAUUAGUCCAAGCUAUAAUAUUUUAUAGACCAGAAAUUAUAAUGAAUAAUAAAUUAAAAAUUAUUGGACUAAUUAAAGCAAAUCAAAACAAACCCCAAAUAUGUCUCUCAAUAUUUUGGACUAUAUGUCAAAUAGAUGCUAGUCAUUUAUUACCAGCUUUUCAAGUGUGGAUUGAAAUGAUGCUUCCAUUUAUAAAUUGUCCUAAUUUGGUAAAAUACAUAAUCAAAUAUGGUGAAGAUAUAUUAAACCAGCCACAAAUAAAUCUCACAAAAUUAUAUGGCAGCAUUAAUUACAAACAAUUUUUUGACAUAUUCGAUUCUGUAUUCCUGGCUCCAUCUCAUCUCAAAGAAGAGUAUAGACGUCGUUUUUUAGCCUUAUAUCCGAAAAUUAAAGAAAUCGCGAUGAAUCAAUCUACGAAACGAGAAAUGAAAUCUUAUUUGACCUGUUCUUUAUCCAGAUUAACCGAGAAUAACGCUCAACGUGUCGCGUACGACGAUAAGGGACAAACAAUAUUCCUGAGAAAUGAACUUGCUGAGUAUAUGAUCACGUGUUUUACUCUGGAUAAAAAUUGUAUGGCAACAUGGGAAACUUUGCACCCUAAAUUCCUUCAACAAUCCAACCUAUUUCUGCGAUACCUAAACGAAAACUGGUCCCGUGUCAAGGCCUACAAACAUUUGGACACUAAUGCGAUGAUUAAAACGGUGAAAGUUCUCAACAAGAACGAUAAAUUUUCCCCCAAUAAAAAUUCGGGUUAUAAGGAUUCUAUCAAGCUUUGUCGAUCGAUUACCAAGAAAAAAAGCUUUGGGUUCUGGAAAAUGUUUAUACUUAUCUCCAUCUUGUCCAUCCUGAUCGGUCUUUCCAUUUUAUACUAUGACGUCAAUAGAUCCGAUCCAGAGAAUUCCAUAGUACUAAAAUUGAAUCGUAAAAUCGAUGAAUAUGGUUAUCGCCAUCAAGUAGAUAGAUUGGACAAUUAUAUUGAUAUGGGAAUCAAAAAUGCGAAAAAAAAAUUCGAAAUAGGUAAAAUUUAUUACUUCAAAUAUUGGGAUCCGGAGAUUCAAAAAUAUGUUAAGAAAGUGAGCAAAGUCACCUCAAAAUAUACCGAUCACUAUUAUAAAGCUGCUUCCCCUCACGUACAAAAAACUUUGAAAACGAUUUCCGAAUAUUACGAAAAGUAUUACCCAAUCAUUUACUCCCACGCGGAAAAGACAGCUGAAACGAUUUUAAAAUAUUCUAAAGAGGUUGCAGUCGCAUCUGCUCCGUAUCUAGAAACCUUGAAAAUUGUGGUCGAAAAAUACCUUAUAAAUUUACAAAAUUUAGCCAUAUAUCUAUACGAAUUCUUUCAGUCUUACGUCGCGAAUAUUGAUUUAACCUAUUAUCAAAAUCAUAUUCAGGAUAUGUAUAACCGAUUUCGUCAAUACAUAAAUCUUCUUAUGGGAGUCAAGAAUUAAUUUUCCCUUAGCAGUUAGCAAAUUAUGGUACCGGCGAUCAUUCAAAGAUAUUUAAUUUAAAUAUAUAAAUCUCAUAUUAUUAAAUAGUAUACUGAUGAAGGAUUUUAUUUUAUAAAAAAAAUUCACGUUUAAUUUUAAAAAAAAAUUUCUCUCACUUCUGGUUUAUACUAAAAUGUCAUUUAUAAUGUUAUUUUUAUAUUAAUUAAUUAUAAAAAAAUUAUUUCAAUGUCUAGAUAAAUGGAUA